AUGUUCCCCAGGGCGCUGGGCCCCGCUGGCUCCGGGUCCCUGCGGCUGGUGGGGGGAGGGAGCCGGUGCGCCGGGCGAGUGGAGAUCUUCCAGCACGGGACGUGGGGCAGAGUCCUGUCUGAGCAGUGGGACGUGGCAGAGGCCCGUGUGGCGUGUCGGCAGCUGCGGUGCGGAGAGGCAGAGAUGGCCUACAACCCGCCCAAGGCCGAGCGAGGGACGGGCCCCGUGGGGCUGCGAGGGGGUGGGUGGGCAGCCGGCCCCCGCCGCCAUCUGUGCUCCGUCCCCGCCGCAGGGAGCCGGCACGUGCGGCUGGCGAACGGGCCCGGGCGCUGCGCCGGGAGAGUGGAGAUCUACUCCCAGGGCAGCUGGGGCAGCGUCUGCGACGACGGCUGGGACCUGCCCGAUGCCGCCGUCGUGUGCCGGCAGCUGGGCUGCGGAGAGGCCGUGGAGGCGCCGGGCUCUGCCGCCUUUGGGGAGGGCUCCGGGCACAUCUGGCUGGAUGGUGUCAACUGCUCCGGGGCCGAAGCCGCUCUCUGGGACUGCCCGGCCGGGCCCUGGGGGCGGCACGACUGCGGGCACAAAGAGGACGCCGGUGCCGUCUGCUCAGAGUUCACGGCCCUGAGGCUGGAGAACAGCGACGGCUGCUCCGGCCGCCUGCAGGUUUUCUACAACGGGACGUGGGGCAGCGUUUGCUCCAACUCCAUGACCCCCAAAACGGUGUCACUGGCGUGCGAGGAGCUGGGCUGCGGGAAGGAAGGGACUCUGGAUACACAAGGGCCACGGGGCAGAGUGUCUGGCCCCGCCUGGCUGGACCGUGUGGAGUGUGAGGAGAGACACGGCUCCUUCUGGCUGUGUCCCUCCGAUCCCUGGAACCCGCGGUCGUGCGACGAGCUGCGAGAUGUGACCCACAUCACCUGCCGUGGGGCUGCAGAGUUGAGGCUGGUGGAUGGCGGCAGCCGCUGCGCUGGGAGAGUGGAGGUGGAACACGAGGGACAGUGGGGAACUGUCUGUAGUGUCAACUGGGACUUGAAAGAUGCUGCAGUGGUUUGCAAGCAGCUGGGAUGUGGGUCUGCUGUUCAAGCUUUUCGGCACGGAAAUUUCGGUCCAGGAUCUGGCCCCAUUUGGUUGAUUGAUAUUCAGUGUCGUGGCUCCGAGCCUGCCCUGUCCAACUGUACACACAGCGGAUGGGGUGAGAACAACUGUGUUCACAGCAUGGACGCUGGGGUGAGCUGUUCAGGGUUUGUCCGGCUGGUCGGAGGGGACAACGACUGCUCAGGACACGUGGAGAUCCAUGAUGGGGAGAAGUGGAAAAGUGUCCGUGCCUCAGCCUUUGGUGCCAGAGCUGCUGCUGUGGUCUGCAGGGAGCUGCAGUGUGGGGCAGCCCUGAACAUCCAAGGGGCAGCUCGUGAUGGAGCCAGCACCGGGUUCAGGCUGGUGAACGGCAGCACGGCAUGCGAGGGGAGGGUGGAGCUGCAUGUGCAGGGGACCUGGGGCAGCCUCUGUGCCUCCCGCUGGCACCUCUCCGACGCCCACGUCCUCUGUGGCCGCCUGGGCUGUGGCUUUGCCGUGUCCCUUCCCAGAGGAGGGAGUUUUGGGAGAGGAACAGGCCCCGUCUGGAGAGACUCCUUCCGCUGCAGUGGGACUGAAGCCCACCUGGGACAGUGCCCAGUGACUGUGCUGGGGGCCUCUCCGUGCUCCCAUGAGGAUGCUGCUGCUGUCGUCUGCUCAGGCCCUGCUGGCUCCGGGUCCCUGCGGCUGGUGGGGGGAGGGAGCCGGUGCGCCGGGCGAGUGGAGAUCUUCCAGCGCGGGACGUGGGGCAGAGUCCUGUCUGAGCAGUGGGACGUGGCAGAGGCCCGUGUGGCGUGUCGGCAGCUGCGGUGCGGAGAGGCAGAGACGGCCUACAAGCCGCCCAAGGCCGAGCGAGGGCCGGGCCCCGUGGGGCUGCGAGGGGUGCGGUGCCAGGGGCACGAGGCCCAGCUGAGCCUCUGCAACGUCUCCUGGCCGGCAGCGGGGGUCAUGGAGGACGUGGGGGUGGUUUGCCAGGGGAGCCGGCUCGUGCGGCUGGCGAACGGGCCCGGGCGCUGCGCCGGGAGAGUGGAGAUCUACUCCCAGGGCAGCUGGGGCAGCGUCUGCGACGACAGCUGGGACCUGCCCAAUGCCGCCGUCGUGUGCCGGCAGCUGGGCUGCGGAGAGGCCGUGGAGGCGCCGGGCUCUGCCGCCUUUGGGGAGGGCUCCGGGCACAUCUGGCUGGAUGGCGUCAACUGCUCCGGGGCCGAAGCCGCUCUCUGGGACUGCCCGGCCGGGCCCUGGGGGCGGCACGACUGCGGGCACAAAGAGGACGCCGGAGCCGUCUGCUCAGAGUUCACGGCUCUGAGGCUGGAGAACAGCGACGGCUGCUCCGGCCGCCUGCAGGUUUUCUACAACGGGACGUGGGGCAGCGUUUGCUCCAACUCCAUGACCCCCAAAACGGUGUCACUGGCGUGCGAGGAGCUGGGCUGCGGGAAGGAAGGGACUCUGGAUACACAAGGGCCACGGGGCAGACUGUCUGGCCCCGCCUGGCUGGACCGUGUGGAGUGUGAGGAGAGACACGGCUCCUUCUGGCUGUGUCCCUCCGAUCCCUGGAACCCGCGGUCGUGCGACGAGCUGCGAGAUGUGACCCACAUCACCUGCCGUGGGACACGGCCCAAAAUGACCCCAACCCCGGGCUCUGCGUGCCCCAACGCCACGAGCUGCACAGACAGGGAGAGGAUCCGCGCCGUGGGAGGAGAGGACGGCUGCUCGGGCCGGGUGGAGCUGUGGCACCGCGGCUCCUGGGGGACGGUGUGCAACGACGCGUGGGACGUGCAGGAUGCCGAGGUGGCCUGCAGGCAGCUGGGCUGUGGGCCCGCCAUGGCCGCCCUGCCUGAGGCUGCCUUUGGGGAGGGCACGGGCCCCAUCUGGCUGGAGCAGGUGGAGUGUCAGGGCACAGAGGCGGCUCUGCAGCACUGCUGGGCCUGGCCCGGGGACCGCGGGCUCUGCCGGCACAAGGAGGAUGCGGCCGUGCGCUGCGCGGCUGCGUCCGGGACAGCAGCACCGACCCCUCGAGCAGAUCCCACUCGGGGCCGCCCGACCAGCAGCAGAAGCGUCUCGUUGCCCGUCAUCAUGUGCAUGAUCCUGGGAGCCCUUGUCUCCCUGCUGCUGGCCCUCCUGGCCUGGAGAGUGCUCAGCGCCAGGACUGAGCGCAGAGGCUCCCAGACAGCCCUGGAGCCCUUCCCUGAGGCCGUGUACCAGGAGAUCGGUUAUAGCCCUGUGUGGGAGGAGCAGGCGAGAUUCAGCCCAUCAGGCUCCUAUUUGGAGGGGUCCCUGACCAAACUGCAGCUCCAUCACAUGGACAGCGAGGAGGAAGAUGGUCUGGGGUCAGCACGAGGUAGUGGGGGGCAGGAAGGGGUUGAUGUCUCAUCCCUGCAGACUCGAGAUGGACAGUGGUGCCCCUGA